CAGCAGCGUUGAAAUGACACCGUGGGAAAGCGGAGCGCUUCAAACCGAGUCGCUCCGGGCGAACCUGUGCACACGCACGUCUGGCAGACCUACCCGACACACCGAGGGGAAUACUCUGAAAACCCGUGAAAAUGAAAAGGAAUCACGAUUUUAGCUCAUCGGACAGCGAACUGGAUGAAACCAUUGAAGUGGAGAAGGAGAGCGCGGACGAGCAUGGGAAUAUAAGUUCCCCUCUCGGAUCCAUGUCUCCAACGACAUCCACUCAGGUGCAGGCGAGAAAAAGGCGCAGAGGCAUUAUCGAGAAGCGGCGCAGGGACAGGAUAAAUAACAGCUUGAGCGAACUCCGCAGGUUGGUUCCCAGCGCCUACGAGAAGCAGGGUUCAGCAAAACUUGAGAAAGCAGAAAUUUUGCAGAUGACUGUUGAUCAUCUCAAGAUGCUUCAUGCUGCUGGAGGCAAAGGUUAUUUUGACGCCCAUGCUCUGGCGAUGGACUACCGCGGUUUGGGUUUCAGGGAGUGCCUGGCUGAGACGGCUCGCUAUCUUAGCAUCAUUGAGGGCCUGGACAGCACAGACCCUCUCCGGAUCCGCCUUGUCUCUCACCUGAAUAACUACGCUAGCCAGCGAGAGGCUCACACUGGCCUCAGUCACCUGGCGUGGGGUUCUGCCUUUGGAUCUCCUCCUGCCCACCUCCCACAUCCCAUCCUCCUUCAGCACCAACAGGGGGCUCCUUUAGCACCUCUGCCCAGAAGCACCACCAGCAGCCCGCAGAAUCCCCUGUCGUCCACGUCUUCCACAUCACCCUCCUCCUCCACCUCCCCUACAUCCUCCUCAUUAGUCGCAGAGACUCACGUACCAGGCAGACGCAGCGGCAGCGCCACCCCGCUCUCGGAUCAGGGUCCGAUCAGGGUUCCAUCCACCUCUACAGCUCCCACCACUGUCCUGCACCCCGCUUUGGUUCCGUCGUCUAAGCUCUCCCCUCCCCUUCUCUCCUCACUUUCAGCGUUCCCCUUUGCUUUCGGUGCCUUCCCUAUCAUCUCCCCUACCACUGCCAUCAGCCCUCCAGCUCAGAGCUCCAGCGUGGGCAAACCCUACAGACCCUGGGGGAUGGAGAUAGGAGCUUUCUGACUGAGAUAAAAAAAACUCAGUACACGCUUACACAGACUUUCACUUCCCAGUUGAGCCGGACUCAAUGACAAGACUUUAUGUUCCCUGAUAAGAAAGUGUUAUAUCUUUUCUAUUUUGGUAGAAUCCCACAGAGGAUAGUUAAUAGAUUUAAAAUUCUGCUUUUUUAUAUAUAAAGACAUAUGAAGUAUGACUCAAGUCAGAAAAUUUCAACUAAACAGUGAUUUAUUGAGCACUAUCCCAGUGCUGACAGCUGAUGAGCAAUGGCUUUACCAGAUGGUAUAGCAAGUUACUUGGUAAAAGUGUCCCCCAUAAUGCCAUACACCCUCUUUGUUGUUAGCCUGAACUGCAUAAACAAAAGCGAUGACCUGGCUACACUGGGGAGGGACAGGUAUGAUAGGGACCCACCUCCCCACCCGCAUUAACAGCAUUUUGUUGGGUGUAAUAACUGAAACCAGGUGUCUGUUUGACUGAAUACUGGGAACAAAGAUACCAGCCUGACUCAACUAAUCGGUGCACCAUUAUCCAAGCCGUCUUCCAAAUUGAUGUCUUCUUCCUGAUGUAAAUCUUCACAUUUGCUUCUUUUGUUCAGAUGUGAAUAAGGUUAGGUUUAUUCAUCAUAUCUUCCUGUUAUUUUUCAGGAAUUUCCUUGUUUAUUAUUACAACCAUGGAAAUAUUUCAAAAUGAAAGUAUUAAGGCCAUCUCGGUUUCAUUUGAGCAUUAUCACAUCAUUUCUCAAAGUGUUUUUUAGUCCCGAUUCACUUCGCGUCAACGAUUUGUAAAUUAAUGUUUGUUUCUGUUUUCACCUUGUCUUCAAUUAUUUACGUGCAUUUAUUUGUUGAGUGUAACAGCAUUGUCAGCAAUAAUUAUAAAACUCUCUGUGAAAUCAGUUUCAAAGAAACACAACCGCAUUGUUUUUUUUUUUUUUAAGUGACUAAUUUUGUUGACAUUUAGGUAUAUCAACAUUUAGCUUGGUUAAUGGUUGUACAGAAUACAAACACGCGCCAAUAAAUUAGAGUUUUCAGUUUUCCAUUUCUGAUGCUGCUGUUUAUAGACAGCUGCCCUGCAAUAAACAGUUUAUUAUGAUAAA